UUACAAAAUUUAAAAUAUAACUUUGGGUAUUUGUUUAGAAAAUAACUAUUUCUAUAUACUUUUAUCAUUGACUUCUUCACUCAACGCUUUUAUUAUAAUAUACUAUUUUUAUUUUGCAGUUAUUAACAGCAGAUACACAAGAAGCAGGGGCCCGACGAAAAAUGACAUUACCCGAAGAACACUACAAUGCAACAAAUUUUCUUACUCUGUGGGAUUUUGAGGGGGUCUUUAAGUAUUCUCCACUAUUUUACGGAUGGUAUACUAAUAGUGACUCAAAACAACGAGGAUAUAGACUGCCAUUUGCAUAUUUUGUCACUGGAUUGGUUGUGUAUGCCUACAGCUUCUUUGCAACCUUAAGAAAGAUGGCCGAAAAUUCUCGAAUGUCAAAGUUAUCGGAAAAAGAUGACGAGAGCAUUUUUUCAUGGAAAUUAUUUACUGCUUGGGACUACAUGAUUGGAAAUGCUGAAACUGCCCAUAAUAGAGUGGCAUCCAUUGUUAUGGGGUUUAAAGAAGCACUUCUCGAAGAAGCAGAAAAGAAGAAACAAAAACGCAAUUGGAAAGUAAUAUGUUUUCGAGUUUUGGUCAAUACAGUAGUUUUGGGACUUUUGUUUUUCUCUGCUUUUGCUGUAAUAAUGGUCGUUAAAAGAUCCACUGAACCUGAGGCGAACUCAACAGUUUGGAGAAAAAAUGAAAUAACAAUCGUGAUGUCUUUGAUAACAUUAUUUUUUCCAAUGCUGUUUGAAGUAUUGGGAUUUUUAGAACAAUACCACCCUCGAAAACAAUUAAGGUUGCAACUUGCCAGGAUCAUGGUUUUAAACUUACUAAAUUUAUAUUCCCUGAUUUUUGCACUAUUUGACAAAAUAUUAGAUAUGACGACUGAACUAAAAGAAUAUAAAAAUUUAACUAAAUUACUUUAUGAACAGGAAUCACAAUCAAACGUUUCUCAAAAUGUAGCUUUACAGACAAUAACAUGCUGUGUGUAUACGAUGGGAGAAAUCCGGUCAGAAAACCUUAUAGCAGAUUUGGCAUAUCAAAUUUCUACUACCACAUUUCCUAAAAUAGCCCAAAUGUUUAAUGAUGUUUACGUAUCGGAAACAAGCUUUCUUUCUUAUAAUAAUGAUACUUUUACGACGGAUUUUUAUUCUAGUACUGAAGCUUACGAGAAUUUUUCUAUGAAUUAUAAUAUAUCAGACUUUUCAUCCAAUAACUUAACUGAUUCUUUUGAUAAUUUUACUGAUAGUCUUAUGGAUUACCUAACAUAUAUUCUUACUCCUUUCUUAAGUGAUGUUAAUGGCUUAUUUAACAAUACAUUUUUUAACGAUACUUAUAACGUAUCUAAAAUUAAUGACACGGAUAUAUUAUCUGAUUUUAAUAUGUUUAAAACUACCAUACUCCCAAUAAACAAUACCUCAGAUUAUUUCGAUGAGAGGUUUGAUACCGAAUUAACCACAAUUUUUAACGAAGUAAUAUCCACAAUUGAAACUUUUAAAGAUAAUGUAACCAAAUAUGCAGUAUCUGAUACAUUUAAUUCAUCAACAUCAACUUCAAUAACAAUAUUAACCACCACAACACAAAUACCAGAAACAAGUAUGAAUUAUACUGCAAGAGCUAGGUUAAGACUAUUGUGCUGGGAAACUAUGUUUGGACAAGAGCUAUUAAAACUUACCGUUAUGGACUUGCUACUUACAGUGCUAUCUACACUAUCUAUGGAUUUUUUUCGAGGAAUAUUUGUUAGAGUGAUGAACCGCUGUUGGUGUUGGGAUUUAGAAAAGAAAUUCCCUCAAUAUGGAGAUUUUAAAGUAGCCGAAAAUAUUCUCCACCUUGUAAACAACCAGGGAAUGGUAUGGAUGGGGAUGUUUUUUUCGCCAGGCUUGGUGGUAUUAAACAUUAUAAAAUUGUACCUUAUGAUGUAUUUUAGAGCGUGGGCAGUACUUACUUGCAACGUUCCUCAUGAAGUUAUUUUUCGUGCAUCAAGAUCAAAUAACUUUUACUACGCACUUUUAUUAAUGAUGCUGUUUUUAUGCGUUCUUCCUGUCGGAUAUGCCAUUGUGUGGAUUGAACCGUCUUGGCAUUGUGGACCCUUUUCAGCUUACUAUAGAAUUUUUCAUAUCUUUACAAAUACAAUUAAGAAUAAAAUGCCUCCACCCGUACAAGCAGCAUUGGACUACAUUGCAUCCCCUGGAAUUGUUAUUCCAUUAUUAGUUCUUUUAAUUCUUGUAAUUUAUUACUUAAUUUCUUUAACUGGUGCUUUAAGAGAAGCCAACAUUGAUUUAAAGGUCCAAUUAAAAAGGGAAAGAACAGAAGAAAGAAGAAAAAUGUUUCAAAUGGCAGACCGUCGUAGAAGGGGUGGCUCUAGUGGAUCAAAUGAAUUAAGUAAUACGCCAUUUAAUAAAUGGAAAAAGCUGUUGGGUACCAUGCCAAGUGGUAAAAGCUUUGAUGAAACCCCAAAACAAGAAUCCGAAGACAAUCAAAUUAUUAAAGAAGAAAGGAAUGAGAACAAAAAUAAAGAUUUCUUUGCAAAGUUUAUUAAAAGAGCUUUGGGAAAAUCGUCUACCUCUGAUGAAGACCAAAAUAUUGAAGACGAAACAGAUACCGAGCCUCAUGAAUCUCUUCCAGAUGACUGUAAUAAGGAAAUAAAAAAAAAUAAAUCACCUUUAUCCUCUGGUAGUGCUGAAUUUUCUAUGUUAGUUCAUAAAGCUCUAUCCUUUAAAAAAUCGGAUUCCUUUCAAAGUCCCUCUGACACAAAUGGUGAUAAGCAGGUGAAAAUUCAAGAAACAAGAGCAUCUACAGUUUUAAAGAGAAAAGAAGUAGAUGCAAAGAAAAUUCCAUUUAGACAUAUUAUUGAAGAAAAAACCGUCACUACCCGACAAGAUUCUAAUUCUUCCAUUUGGUCUGAUAAUAUACCGGUGAUAAAAAUAAGCAAAACUGAAAGUUCUGAAAAUAUUUUAGAUGAGACAAUUACAACAGCAAAGUCCAAUGGUAGUAAAGAGGGUCCUUUAAAAAAAAACAAAGCACCGAUUGUAGGUGCAAAACCAGAAAAUGAAACCAAAUUUAAACCAAAGAUUAAAUGCGCCCUAACAAAACAAUCAACAGAAAUUGAUGAAGAUGUAAUUUGUCACUUUGGAAAAGAUUUGGAGAAAAAAAUUAUUCAAGAGGGCAUUAUACAAGCUGUAGCUAGGGAGGAAUUGAAGAGUUCUGCAGAAUUACCAUCCACAUCCAAAGAUGAAGUUAUGAAAGAAAUUACAGAUUUUAAUAUAACCGAAGACUUGACAUCUGAAAGUACUGAAUUUAAGGAAAACAGUGAUGAUACUGUUUUAAAUUCAACUUAUGUUUUGAAAAAUGAAGAUAAUAUUUCUGAAGUUACGGAGACCAAAUCUAUAGAUGGAAAUUCUUUUACGGAAUUAAGUUCCGAAUAUAAUGAUAAUAAUUUAACAAAAUAG